UCUGAGUCAACUGAACGCCUUAUAUUCGAUCUUUAACAAGGCUGUGCCUGCGUACAGACGUGUCCACCAUUUCUACUUUGACAUGGAAAUCCAUCCGGACGACUCUGAGAGUUCGAAAAGGGAGCUGGCUGCAUACAGAUCGAACCGCGCUGUAUUUGUAAGUUUUUUUCUUCAAAAACCUAUUAACAAGUCGAAUAGUAACUCUCUUCGCAGGAUUUUUAUCAGGAUCACCUGUACGAGCGCCUCCUGCACAUGAUGUCUCCGACGCUUGAAACACUCCAUAUUUAUCACAGUGGGUUUUGCGCCUGUGAUAUGUUGCCGCCAGUGUCCCUCCCAUUCCUUGAGGAGUUGUCAUUUCGUGGACCGUUUCCCGUUUAUAUAUCGGAGAACAAGGAACCACCGGUCUUUCCUCGCCUUCGAUACCUCCACUAUGAGGAUUUCGGCGACUACCCCGCUGAUUUAUUUUCUCGCCUUGCUCAUCAGGCACCUUCACUCACUGACCUCUACUUGAAACCAACACGGCCGUCCAGACGGCUGUACGCUGAACUGGAGAAGUCUUUGAGUAGAGCAAAGGAUGAGUAUCCACGUCCUUGCAUGCGCAUGGACUUCCCGUUGUCUGUUCGCAGAGUGCACAUAGAAGUAGGUCCGGAGGUGUUUUCUGUUACCAAGGGGAUGAUGAAUCUUCAUGGGAUGACAUUAGAGAGGUUGUCUUCUAUUACCUGUGGUGACACGAAAGUCGUGGUAACGAUCAAUGGAACUGACACAUAGCAUGGAUCGCAGUUAUUCUCUUAUCUUUAUGGUAGGUACACCUGUCAUGAGCUUUGUCCCGGACGCGAUGUUUUCAUCCAC